GUGAGUGAGAGAGACGCGAUUGAUUGGAGAUGUCUAAGCUUGCGUUGAAGGGGAGGAGGGAGUGGGCAAGGGCGCUGCUGCAGGCUUCUCUCCGUGGAAGGGAACAAGUCUGCCGCUACUCGACUCAGGCUGCCGGUGCCGGCUCCGACGUCUUCCCUCAUUCCCCCAGGGGCAUAAAUGUCAAAAAAGAUGCAUCCGAGUUGAUAGGGAGGACUCCACUGGUCUACUUGAAUAAAGUCACGGAAGGCUACGGAGCUUAUGUUGCUGCCAAACUAGAGAUGAUGCAGCCAUGCUGUAGCAUCAAAGACAGAGUUGGAUUUGCCAUGAUAUCAGAUGCGGAGAAAAAAGGGUUAAUUUCACCAGAGAAGACAGUCCUGAUAGAGCCAACAUCGGGGAACAUGGGGAUAGGCCUCGCCUUCAUUGCAGCAAUGAAAGGGUACAGGCUGAUACUGACGAUGCCUUCCUACACCAGCCUGGAGAGGAGGGUGACCAUGAGGGCCUUUGGCGCCGAGCUCGUUCUCACGGACCCGACCAAGGGGAUGGGUGGCACGGUCAGGAAGGCGACCCAGCUCUUCGAGUCCACCCCUAAUGCCUUCAUGCUCCAGCAGUUUGAGAACCCUGUGAACACUCAGGUGCACUUUGAGACCACUGGGCCUGAGAUAUGGGAGGACACCCUUGGGCAAGUUGACAUCUUUGUGAUGGGCAUAGGGAGUGGAGGCACUGUUUCAGGUGUUGGGAGGUAUUUGAAGUCCAAGAAUCCCAAUAUCAAGAUUUACGGACUCGAGCCAGCUGAGAGCAAUGUAAUAAACGGUGGAAAACCAGGUCCUCACCAUAUCACAGGAAAUGGGGUUGGCUUCAUCCCAAAGAUUCUAGAUUUGGACAUAAUGGAUGAAGUGCUCGAGGUCACUAGUGAAGAUGCAGUAAAAAUGGCAAGGGAACUGGCAGUAAAAGAAGGGCUCAUGGUGGGAAUAUCCUCUGGAGCGAACACAGUAGCAGCACUAAGGCUAGCAAAAAGGCCUGAGAACAAAGGGAAAUUAAUUGUGACUGUACAUCCAAGCUUUGGGGAGAGGUACUUAUCAUCUGUGCUGUUUCAAGAGCUAAGAGAUGAAGCUGCAGGUAUGCAGCCUGUUUCAGUAGAUUGAAGAAAUUAAACAUCUUAUGUACAAGGCUCUCUCUCUCACACAUUGCCCACAUGCGAAUGCAUGUGCAGAUGUUAGUAGUUCAAAGGCACGAGGUAGAAUUAAUUCAUGUGGAUGUUAUUCUGAAUAUAAAAAAACUCUGUGAUCCUAUAAUCAUUUCAAUGGAAAGUAGCUUCCUUGUCCCA